AUGAAACGCCUGUCCUCGCUUGCCGCCCACUUCGUACCCUCGUCCAGUUCACCCACCGCCGCAGAUCAGAGCAAUAUGCGGGAUUCAUACAACCACUCAUAUCACAUCCACCAAUUGAGCCCGACGUUCUUCUUGCCCCGAGCUGCAAGCAUUGAGCCUGAUGCUAUUGCGGUAUACCACAAGACUGCGAAUGGGAAGACGCUCCAGAGGACAUAUCAGCAGACGGCCGACCGGGCGAGAGGUCUGGCGUAUUAUUUGAAGAAGCAUGGAUUCAAAAGGGUGGGUAUCUUGUGCACGAACACUCCGGCAUUUCUUGAAUCGAUCUACGGCAUUGGAGGUGCAAGUGCUGUGAAUGUUGCGAUCAACUAUCGACUGAAGAUGGACGACAUCACAUACAUCUUUGACCACGCAGAAGUUGAUUUAAUCAUUGUUGAUGCUGAAUUCCGACCGCUUCUUGAUGGAUUCCGAAGGAAUCAUCCUCAUGUGCCUUUCAUCAUCGAUACCGAUACUGACGAAGACACCGGAGAUUAUGAUAAAGCUGUUCUGGAAGGAAUGCAACAUGAUGAACGAACUGGCGGACAUGGUUGGGCGGGACUUGAGACGCAAGUCGCUAACGAAGACAGCUUGAUUGCGUUGGCGUAUACUUCAGGCACCACAGCACGACCGAAAGGUGUUGAAUAUACGCAUCGAGGUGCUUAUAUGGCAGCCCUCGGCAACAUCAUUGAGAGUGGUCUGAAUGUACCCCAUCCCAAAGCUGACAGAGCGCAUUAUUUGUGGACAUUGCCCAUGUUCCAUGCGAUGGGAUGGACGUUCCCUUGGUCUGUCACAGCUGUCCGAGGAACUCACUACUGCCUUCGAAAGAUUGACUACCCUUAUAUCUGGAAGCUGCUCAAGGAACAGCACGUCAGCCAUUACAAUGCAGCACCUACAGUCAACACACUGCUCCUAGCAGACCCGAACGCAGAGAAGCUGGAGCAUCCUGUGCGAGUAACAGUCGCGGCCAGUCCACCUUCGGCUCACCUUUUUGAGACUAUGGAGGCACACAAUCUUCGCCCGGUGCACGUUUACGGCCUCACAGAGACGUAUGGACCAAUCACAAAAGGCUACCACAUGCCCUCAUGGGAGACUUUGCCAGCCAAGGAUAAGUACGCCAAAAUGGCAAGACAGGGCCACGGUCUCGUUGUCUCAUUACCAGCUCGAGUCAUCAAAACAGAUCAAGACGAGACCGGGAAAUGGGAUGCGAGUGAGAAGAUCGAAGACGUGGCCAAGGACGGCAAGGAGAUCGGCGAGAUUGUCUUCAUUGGCAAUCUUUGCGCCAGAGGCUAUUACAAAGAUGCAGCGGCGACACGAAAGCUCUUUGCUGGCGGCGUGCAGCACAGUGGUGAUCUUGCAGUGUGGCAUCCAGAUGGAGCAAUUCAGAUUCUGGAUCGAGCGAAGGAUAUUAUCAUUUCUGGGGGUGAGAACAUUAGCUCUGUGGCACUCGAAGGUAUGCUCAUGACGCAUCCGGACGUGCUCGAAGCUGCCUGCGUAGCAGUGCAAGACAAGCAGUGGGGUGAGCGACCAAAGGCGUUUGUGACGGUCAAGCCAGGCAAGCAGGGCUCGUUGAAGGGCGAGGAUAUUAUCCAGUGGGCGAAGGAGCAGAGCCAAAUCAGUCGCUUCAUGGUUCCGAGAGAGGUCGAGAUCUUGGAGGAGCUGCCGAAGACGAGCACUGGCAAGUUGAGGAAGAAUGUGCUAAGAGACUGGGCCAAGGGAGUGAAGAGGCAGGCGGAGUAG